UGUAACUGGUCUUUAGUGUUAAAGUGUGUAAGGCCUGCUGUAGGAUGUUUCUGACUCACUGUGUCAUUGUGUUGACAGUCCUCAUCCAGCCAGUGUGGAGUGCUGCGAAUGUGAUACAACCGUACAGAGUGGACAGCACAAACGGAACAGCACGAGUGCAGUGCUUGAUCCAGGAUGACACCCCAUCUUAUCCCUACUCUGACCCUGAGGAGCUCCGUGUGAUUCUGCUGAAAGGUCUCCAUGGAAACCAGGAACUCUGCUCAUCCAUCCUCAACAUCACAGAAAAGAAAGAAGUUGACACAAAAACAAAGGGACAUGUGCAGUGUACGCCUGAGGUGAAAGAGGGCGCUGUGGAGGUGAUGGUGUCAGGACUGAAGCCCACAGACACAGACAUUUAUCGCUGUGAGAUCCAGAUCUUCUACCCUCCACCGUUCUUGAGGCUCACGGGCAACGGCACACUGAUUCAUGUUUUAGGCAGCUCUGAUUGUUCUCUCGCUGAGAGACAGAUCACACACCAGAAUGACGAUGAUGAUGAUGAUGAUGGAGAUGGUGAGAGGAAGGUGCCAGUCAGUCUUCCAGUGGCAGUGUUGAUGACACUAGUGAUACUCGUGCUCAUCGUCAUUAUUUAUUUACAGACUGUCCAGUGUCUGCGAGGGAGGAGGGAGACCAUCAGACAAGCGGCAAUAGCAAACAUGUUCCAUAAAGUGGAUACUGCUGGUUUUUCAUACUAAAACAUUGCAUGAAAAACACACAAACUCUGAACAGUCACCUUUUUUGGACAUUAUGAUACUGUUAAACCUAUAGUAUCACAGUAUAAAGUCAGUGGUGACUGUUUAUUAAAAGCCACAUCUGUUUUUAUCAUCUUUUCAUGUAAAAGUUGAACAACAUGUGAGUGCUGUGCACAUGUAACAAUUAAAUAAAAAAAACCAAUUAUGUUUACAUUGUUGUAAACACAAAGAGUAUUAGAAAUGAAAAUACUUGUUUCAGUUUGUUGUGUCGUUGCAGGUAAAAAGGCUUGAGUUGCUAUUGAGAAACAUGUCUCUUUUUACAUUUUAGUUUAAUGUUAGAGUUUUAGGUGCUUUAUGGCCAAUCAUUUGCAUUUGAUCCAUUUGCGUUUGAUACAGUUGACCACAUUAUAUUACUGAAACGACUGGAGAACUGGGUGGGUCUGUCUGGCCCUGUACUAAACUGGUUCAAGACAUACUUAGAGAACAGGAAGUACUUUGUGUCAUUAGGUAACUUUACAUCUGAGCAGACAAGAAUUACAUGUGGGGUUCCCCAAGGCUCCAUCCUGGGGCCUCUUCUGUUUAACAUCUACAUGCUCCCACUGGUGCAGGUUAUAAAGAACAACAAUACUAGCUACCAUAGCUAUGCAGAUGACACACAGAUCUAUAUCACAAUGUCACCUGGAGACCAAGGCCCUAUACAGGCUCUGGGUAAAUGCACUGAGGAGAUUAAUGACUGGAUAUGCCUCAACUUUCUUCAGCUGAAAAAAACAAAACUGAGGUAAUUGUCUUUAGAGCCACAGAGAAACGACUGCAGGUCACCACAGAGCUUCAGUCUAUAGACCUAAAAACCACCAACCACACCAGAAAUCUGGGUGUAGUGAAGGACUCAGACCUAAAUUUUGAAAAACACAUCAAGGCAGUC